AUGUCUGAACAAAACAACCAAAACAACAACAACCCCGGUCUCCUCGGCGGCUUAGGCGAUACCCUCGGUAAAACAGUGGGAGGCAUCACCAACACAGCAGGAAGCGCUGUCGGCGGUCUCGGUAGCACUGUCGGUGGUGUCACACAAGGACUUGGACAGACCGUAUCUGGCGCAACAGAAGGUCUAGGUAACACGACCAAGAACACUGGACAGGGCAUUUCGAAUGGAAUCCAGAGUGUUGGCGGGAAGCAACAGACCGCCGAGAACCCACUCGGCUUGAACCGAUAG